UUAUAAAAAAUAAUUUUGACUUAUUUUAGGUCAAAGGAAAGUUUGGCAUCUAUCAUUCUUUAUGGUUUGUAUGGAAUAGUUGGAAUUGGAUUUGGUGAAAUAGCACCUGUAUUUUUAGCAACUGCUAAGAAUUAUGGUGGACUUGCCAUGACUGUGUUUGAACUUGGAAUUUUAAUUUUAAUCUAUAGUAUUAUUGUUGUCAUUGCACAGGUUUUUACAGCAAAGCUGCAGUUUUUGUUUGGAUCAAAAAAGACAUUUAUUGGAUGCAUCCUUAUAUUUGCUUCUGUGACUCCACUCUUGCCGCUUUCUGCAUUACUUAAAAACAGUGCACUGCGGUGGAUCUUUCUUACGAUUGUCUUUGUUUUAGUUAAUUCUGUAAAUAAUGUAUGCUUCAUAUGCAUUAAUGUAUUUUUGGGAAACAGUGUUAAACCUGAUCUUUUUGGUACAGUCAAUGGCUUAGGAAUGUCUGUUUCUAGUAUAGGAAGGGCGCUGGGACCAACAAUUUUUGGAAUUUCUUACAGUUGGUCCUUGUCAAAUCUUGAUAAUCACAGACUUGGGUUUCCAUUCAAUCAAUACUUUGUUUUUUUCUUAAUAUCCAUCGGCUGUUUCUUAAAUUGUGCUUACGUAUACUUUUUUAUUCCGGCAUCGUUAAAUAAAAGAAAAGUUCUUCCAGAGAAAUGUGAAACAGAUUAACAAGACAGUUAUUUGCAACCUUUUUUUUUAAAUAUUUUUUUGUUUAUUUUUUUGUUUUUUACGUUUAGAUUGAUAUUAUGAAAUAUUUAAUUUUUAUAA